AUGUCAGGACCAAGCGCAUACAAAAGCCAAAACACAGCUGCCAGUCGAGGAAAAGUAGGAGCAAAAACCGGCAAAGGACCGACUGCAGCUCCAGUGCGUGGCAAAGCUCAAGCUGAUCCUAAGCAUAACACAAAGGAUGCCAAAGAAAUGUUUUUAAAGAGAGUUCAAAUGUGUAGCGUCACCUUUGACUACUCAGACGAUAACAAAGAUGUGAAGCCCAAAGCCGAUCGUCUCGCUGCUUUGCAAGAACUCAAAGAAUUCCUCAACGAUUCCAAAAAUGUUGCCCAGUAUGUCAUCCCUCAUCUUGACCUGGUCAUAGAUAUGAUCAAGAAAAACAUUUUUAGGCCUCUCCCUAUGGACAAAAAAGGAGGCGAAAAGCUAUCUCCAGGAGAAGGAGGAGGAGUUGAUGAUGAAGACAUUGUCAUCGACCCAGCUUGGCCACAUUUGCAAGGUGUUUAUGAGUUCUUUUUUGAAUUAAUUAUCUGUGAAGCCACUGACGUAAAAAGCCUUAAAAUCUAUGUUACUCCGUCAUUCAUACAAGAUUUCUUGCAACUUUUCGAUAGCGAGGAGCCGAGAGAAAGAGAUUACCUGAAAAACAUUUUGCAUAGACUUUACGCAAAAUUGGUGCCUAGAAGAAAAAUGAUCAGAAAAGCGAUUAAUGAUUGUUUCUUGACAAUGAUUCACGAUACACAACGAUUCAAUGGAGCUAGCGAGCUACUGGAUAUUUUGGCAUCAAUCAUUAGUGGAUUUGCGGUACCUCUAAGAGAAGAGCAUGUAAUUUUCUUCAAAAUUGCGAUGAUCCCGCUACACAAGGUCCAGACUUCUCAUAUUUUCCAUGAGCAGCUGCUGAGAUGCUCAAUGCUGUUUUUAAGUAAAGACCAUUCAUUAGCAAUCCCACUCGUAGAAGGGUUAUUGAGAUAUUGGCCAUUUGGCAACUCACCUAAAGAAACUCUAUUUUUGUCAGAGUUGCAGGAUGUUUUAGAAGUCUGUGAGCUUGCAAAGCUGGAGCCACUUAUCCCGAAACUGUUUAAGAGACUAGUAAGAUGCAUAUCUGGGCCUCAGCUUCAGGUUGCCGACAGAGCAAUGUGUUUUUUCGAGAACGAUUAUUUCUUAGGAAUUCUUAGAACAUUCAAACAAGUCACUUUCCCAAUGGUCGUGCCGAUCAUUGUAGAAUUAGCUGAUACCCAUUGGCAUAAAAUUCUUCAAGAAUCACUCAAUGCUCUGAAAGUGAUUCUCAAAGAAAUAGACCCAGUAGCUUUUGAUAGAGCUCUACAAACCGGAUCAAGAGAUAUGGCGAGAAACAACUCCCUUAGUAUCAUGCACAACCUGCCACAAAGAGCGCAGGCAGAAGCCAAAUGGGAUGCUUUAGCUGCCAAGGCCAAAGUCCUUGAUCCAGAAUUUAAGCCGCCUGAGUUGCCUUAUAUCGAUUCACAUGUUGUGGGGCUGCAUAAUAUGAACGGUCUUCAGCUCACAUCACAAAACUUGAUCCCGCCUUUGUAA